CAACAUUUCAAACUUUUAAAAAUAUUUCAGUACAUUGUUACAUUUUUUAAUCAAAAUUAUAUAAACAAAAAGCAAUAGUUUGAAAUAAAUGAAAAUUAACAAAAUUUAAAAUUUUAAAAGUGCACGCUCUACUCCACUAUCAUUAUGGCUAAGAAAGGCAAAAAGGAUAAGAAGGGUAAAGAUGAACCAGCUGAUGGUGGAAAAAAGGGCAAGAAAGGAAAAAAAGGCCGCAAAAGUGCUUUAAGUGAAGCUGCCUCCGUAGGGAAAGGAAAAAAGGGCAAGGGAAAGGACAAACGAAAGAAGAGCAAAAUGUCAGUUCGUCAAUCGAAAGCGGCAUCGGCCAUGAUUCGUGCUGAACCGGAACCCAUAACACCGCCACCACCACCACCGGAACCUAAAUGCAAUGACAAGAUAAGAUCUGAUGAUCCGUGUCGUUACACAGAGGACGCUUGCUGCAAAGGAGCUGUGGCGUGCAGACCAAACCACUAUCCAGGAAUUUUGGACGAACCUGAACGCAUGGCGGUCGUUGGCUCGGAGAGCGGUAGUUAUGAGAGUCUUUGUAAACUCGUGCGCGCGGGGAUGCGCUGUGCCGAUCGCGUUUUCAUCAUGACGCCUUGGGGCAAUUAUGUGAUUUUUCGCGCACACGAUGAGAAUAACAAAAUAUAUUUCAUAUAUGAUGGUUGUACAUGCAACGUGAAUCGCUUCCGGUAUCUGGAUUUGAAUGAGGGCACCGCAGGUCUGCUUUACUUCGAUUGCGUGCAUUCACUCAUUUCAUACAUGAUGGAGUCCAAAAAGCAACGCAUGUCAUUGAAACGGAUUAAACGCAGUGUGAUCGAUGACAUCUGCAAAGAGUUUUGUGAAUUUGGACACUGAACAACAAAAUGAAUAUCAUAAAACUGGCAAAAGCCUAAACUUGAAGUGCGGCCGAUAAUGUAUAUGACAGAAGAUUCUGUAGCCAAACGAGAGUAAUACGAAAUAAUUUUGGAACAUGUUUAGAUAAAAUUUUCAGAAUAAACCAAUAAAAAAACUGUA